AGCAGGUCGAACAUGACGAGGGUUACGUCCAGGCUCAUUAUCUGCCUCUAAAAGGCGCGCGCUGAGCGGCGAUACUGGUGAUCACACUGUGGUGCGUAAAAGACGCGCCCCGGGGCGGGGACUGCUUUGGAGGCGCAUCAGUAGAAGAGCGCAUCAGCACGACGCGCUUCAUCCACAGGUUGCCGUGAUCGUCUCCUUGGUGUCUUCUCACAUCUUCUCCAUCCGAUGUAAGAUUCAGACCCUGGAACUGCUCAAAGAUCUCCUUUGUGUGACACUUUUUUUUCCCCACGGAACAGGGCUGCCUUGAACACAAUGAAAGUCCACGGUGGCGGACUUUUCCGUCUGCCACAGGUCCAUCGCAGCUGCCGCUGUUGCUGCGCCGCGGAGACAACGGCAACAUAAUGGCAUGUCGGGGCGGCUGCUGCUGCGGCUCCUCCAGUCCCAUCAACGAGGACAACGCGCGGUUCCUGCUGCUGGCGCUCUUCAUCGUCCUCUACCUGCUGUGCGGGGCGGCCGUCUUCUCGGCGCUGGAGCAGCCCAAGGAGCGGGAGGCGAAGGAGCGGUGGGCGCAGAGGUUCGAGCACUUCUCCCAGAAGUACAACCUGAGCAAGAGGGACCUGAGGAACUUCCUGAGGAACUACGAGGAGGCGAACGUGGCGGGGAUCCGCGUGGACACCAUCAGACCCCGCUGGGACUUCACGGGAGCUUUUUACUUCGUGGGUACUGUCGUGUCAACAAUAGGGUUUGGGAUGACCACUCCUGCCACCAUUGGAGGAAAAAUCUUCCUGAUGUUUUACGGACUCCUGGGCUGCGCUGCCACUAUCCUCUUCUUCAACCUCUUUCUGGAGCGCGUCAUCACUGUCAUUGCCUUCGUCCUCAAGUCUUUUCAUGAGCGGCGCCGCAACAAGGCCGUGCUGCCUCAGAAUGGACGGCGAGUCUCUGAGGGAGCCGAGGCAGGGGGGGUAGGAAAACGGGAGGAACUUGCCGGCUGGAAACCCUCGGUCUAUUGCGUCAUGUUCAUCCUUGGUGCGGCGGCAAUCUUGGUCUCCUGUUGCGCCUCGCUGAUGUACUCUGCGGCUGAAGGCUGGGGCUACCUAGACUCUCUCUACUUCUGCUUUGUGGCCUUCAGCACCAUUGGGUUUGGGGAUAUGGUCAGUAGUCAGAGAAUCUCCUAUGAGGGUCACGCUACAGCGGCGUACCGGGUUGGGAACUUCUUCUUUAUCCUCACCGGCGUCUGCUGCAUCUACUCCCUCUUCAACGUCAUCUCCAUUGUCAUCAAGCAGGUCCUCAACUGGCUGCUCAGGAGGUUGGAAGCCCCGUGCCGCUGCUGCUUUCCCAGAAGGGGUGCUCACCCGCAUCGGCACCCUCGGCGCAACGUGGUUGCCCCAGGCCAUCUCCGUGCCCGCAGAGACCCCUCCAUUGAGACGGAUGCCAUCAACGAGAGCGAGACCGAUCCAGGCCGCAGGAUGUCUGGGGAGAUGAUCUCCAUGAGGGACUUCUUAGCAGCCAACAAGGUGAACUUGGCCAUCAUGCAGAAGCAGCUCUCGGAGAUGGCCGUCGGACACCCUCGGCCGUCCGGCUCCUGCUCGCAUCAGAACGGCUUCUCGGGAGGGGUGGGCGCCCUGGGCAUCAUGAACAACCGGCUGGCAGAGACCAGCGUGGACAGAUAGGGGGGGGGGGGUUUAAAACCUACAGAAGACAGAUGAGGAAGAGUUUGAGGCGAGUGUGGGCUGACUGACACCGAGACUGACCCCCCCGCCCCCAGCAGCCAUGGAUCCGUCUUCCUUUCAGGAAGAUGACUCUGACAGUUUGCUGAAAUCUUUCAUCUGGACUGGAUUUCUGGAAUGUUCCCUGGUGAUGAACCCAGUUUCCAUGGUGACAAAUAAAAAAGCCUGCCUAGAGCCUCUUCUCCGAGCUUCUUCACACCUAAAUGCAACUUCCACUCAUCUGCAAUCCUCAACAGCAUUGUUGCUCUGUGACUCGAUCCAAGUCCGUAUCACAGCUGUGACUGUGCAGCGUAGAAAUGAGAGAAAAUGGCUUUAAUAAAGCAAACGUUUCCUGGGUUUGUGUCUAAUAGUGUCUCGCCAUGUAAAGCGCAGCACCAUGUUCAGGAAAUAAAAAGGAUGCCUACAUUUUUUUUAUACCAAAUAUAGUUGUACGGUUGAUAUGCUAUGUUAAACUAUUUUCUUGCGCAUACGUAGUCUAUUGACCUUUAAAAAAAAACUUUAGGUCCUAUGGAAGAAUUCUGUAUUUACUCAAUAAAUUAUCUUUAUCAAAACUGAAAUAUAAACUAAAUGAUAUUCCCAUUUUUGCACCAGUAAUACAGACAGCACCAAUGGGAACUAGUGAUAAAUAUAAUCAUGGUUUAUUUUUUCUCCUGCAUCUUGCCAACAUAUGCCAGGGUGAUUUUAUUCUUCAAAAAGGAUAUCUGAAGAUGGUAUCCUGAUUGUGGGGUUUCAUUUUUUUUAUUUCAAAUUCUUUUAAUCAAGAAUGAAUCUCGUGUUAAAGCAAACGGGUCAAAGCAAGCGGGAACUUGUAGUUGUAUGAGGUGUCCCCGGUUCUGGUUCAGUUCAUUGUAGAAAUGUGUUGGUACUUACAUAAGGAACCAGGUGACUCUGGUUACAUAUCUGAACUGGAGAGGGAGUAGAAAAAAAAUCUUUGCAGGAACUUUACACCAGAAUUAGACAAAACAAAUGUGAAGAAAAACAUUUAUUGGAACAGAAUCCAGCAAGCUGAUAAUAAUUUGCUCGGAUUUGGCCAAAUGUCUGGUCCUGUUUCACGGUGUAAGUCUCAGAACUCGCCUGUCUUUGAAGCUGCGUGCUUUUACGUAAAGGAGUCGUCAUGAAGGCUUUAUCUGUCAUAGGUGGAAUUGGGAAACCAAGUCGCCAAAGGACAUUUUUCUAAGUCUGGUGGUUCAUUUAGAUGGUACUUUGGAACAAAACUCACCCUGUCAUUUUUUUUUGUAGAGGAGCCACUAUUUGUUCUGUCUUUUUCUAAGGGCACUAUAAAGAAAAUAAUCUUUCUUCAAAGAAACCACUUUAAGGAUCUCCUCAAUCCAGUCACCGUGUCCUCGGGAGGCAGGAUGCAAGUUCAUCGUCAUGGCAAAGGUCGAUGAGGUGCCUGAAAAUCUCUGGCAGUAGGGAACAAGGGGAGAUAGGUGGACUCUUAUGGUUGACAUGCCUCUUCAGUAUAGUCUAUAAAACUGUAAUAAACAUGGUAGAGAGGCAAACGGGGGUCCCAGUUUUUAAGAAAAUUAACUCUUAGUGAUCACGCUGUUACGGCAUCAGUACAAUUGAAAUCUUUAUUUUAGAGGUUUGAAAUCGGAG